AUGGCUCCGCCGGAGGUUUCUUCUGCUGCUGAUGCUCUGGCUGCCGGUCCCCACGGGAAGAAGCCUGCGGAUGUUCGUCCUGAGCCGGUCACUCCGAAGACUUUGUUUAAUGGAGCGUCGUCAUCACAGGGUGGGAGUGUGAUUAAGGAUUUGACGGCGAGGACGUCGGCGCUGCGUAUCAAUGAUCUGCCUGCAGUCAACAAAACGAGCAUCAGUGACAUGGCGGGGACUGCUCCUCCGUCAGGCCCUAAUGCUCAGGACCGCGGCAAAGCUAAGGAGCAAGACGCGGAAGAUGACGACGGCUACCUUAGCGACGACCCUGACGAGUGUCAAGACCCGGUGACGCUCAACGAGAUCGCUGCGCAGGCUGGUGUCGCCAUCACACUGUUGGUUCCCUUCAACUGGAGCAAGGAGAUUCCGCGUAUCUUCAACACUGUCAACCACCUGCUGCUUUUGUGGGGAAAGCACAUGUCGGAGAACGUAAAGGCGACAACAAGGUGUCAGCAACUCCCUGCAACGUUUCUCUCCAAGCAGCACUUCGGCCGUAUCGAAGUUGUCUUCUUGCUGGAGGCGGAUGCAGCUUUCAUGAGGAGCAGAGAGAUCGAACACUACACGGCGAAUGAAAAGAAGUUGACGCUCGGCUGGCAGCAUCCGGAGAACAAGGAGUACCUUAAGGAGCGUGCAGCGCACUCGGAGGCGAUUGAGGUGCUGCUCAAGGGUGUGCCUGCGGUCAUCUCACCGGCGAUGCUUAAGAAGAACCUGGUUUCGGCGAUGCUGCUGAAGCGAGGUCGUACGGCGUUCCGUGACGGUUUGGCUUUUCACCGCGUGCUUGAUCCUGUGUCGGGGUGGCUGCAGCUGCGAGCCUCCAUGCCGACCUCUGUUCGACCCAUCCCCCGAGCAGCGGCUUCCAUGAAGCUUUCAUCGGCGCUGAAGACCUUGUUGGCGGAUCCUGCGAUUGCCUUAACGUCCACGGGUGGUGUCCGGGAGGAGUGGCUGUGCUCCCAGGAAGACUGCGGGAAAGCCCACGGCUCCAGUUUCGAGAAGGCGGUGGUACAUGUCCAGUCGGUUCGCCACGGCACCGGGCUGCUCAAGGCGGGAGCGGCGACACGCCUGAGCAUGGGGAAGCUGAACCUCGCGCAAGUCAAGAAGGAGUAUGGGGUGUGA